CACCUUUGAACGUGCUUAUUUACGUAUUCCUUACCGACCUUUAUACGCCGAAGUCGGUCGUGUUCCGUGGCAAACAGGUUGCCUCAAACUGGCCGCAACUGUGAGGGGGCCGCUGGGCGGCCUCUCGUCAUCAGGACCUGGCCUCGUUAUGGAUAAGUAUGAGAGGUUGGAGCGUGCUGGAGAGGGGACCUAUGGUGUUGUAUUCAAGGCGCGCGACCGCUAUACAAAUGAAAUUGUUGCGCUUAAGAAGAUAAGGCUAGAGCAGGAGGAUGAAGGUGUUCCCAGCACAGCAAUUCGGGAGAUCUCGUUCUUAAAGGAGCUAAGGCACGAUAACGUCGUCCGGCUAUAUGACGUGCUUUACAGCGAUCGGCGUCUCUAUCUAGUGUUCGAGUACCUGGACUUGGACCUGAAAAAGCAAAUGGACGCCGCACCGUUCAAUCGCAAUUUGCGGCUCAUCAAGGUGUACAUGUGGCAAAUGCUGAGCGGUAUUGCGUUCUGCCAUUCCAGACGGAUAUUACACCGGGACUUGAAGCCGCAGAACCUCCUCAUUGACCGAUCCCGGAAUCAGCUAAAGCUGGCGGACUUUGGUCUUGCCCGUGCCUUUGGAAUACCAGUUCGUGCGUACACGCACGAAGUGGUGACGCUAUGGUAUCGCGCGCCUGAGAUCCUGCUGGGCAGCAAGACGUACUCGACACCGGUAGAUAUCUGGUCCAUAGGCUGCAUUUUCGCGGAAAUGGUCAACAACAAGCCCCUUUUCCCAGGGGAUUCGGAAAUCGACCAGCUUUACAAGAUUUUUCAGCUGCUCGGCACGCCGGACGAGACGAUGUGGGUUGGAUGCUCCGCUUUGCCAGACUACAAGGACACCUUCCCCAAGUGGCGGCCACAAAAUUUGGCGGCGGCGGUGCCAACGCUGGGGCCCCAGGGCGUUGACUUGCUGGCACGCAUGCUGGUCUACACGCCGCAACAUCGGAUUACGGCGAGCGCAGCGUUGGACCACCCCUACUUCGACGAGAUUCGGGAUCAGAUGCGAGCCAGCGGGGGUCUGCAAGGUGGCGUGUUGCAGCACUGA